UACUUGACCAACACUGGAGCAGGUUCCGAUAUAUUCAGGAGCCAGAGCAUGCCCAGUAUCUCCCAACAAUGCGUAUCAGAGACGUAACCGACCGCCCAAGCGACUAACUAGUCGAUCAGUGGCGAAGAGGAUAAAAGAUAACUCGGUCAACUGCUGGUGCCCCGAGAGCAACACAUUUAUUUUUCAUGGACACAUAACCCUUUAGAGGGCAGCGGCGCAUUUAAGUAUUUUAUUCUGGCUAACACCAGACGAUUUUACUUAACUGAGAGAAACCCCUGCCCCUCAAGGUGUUAAUAAAACACUGCCGAGCGUUAUUUUUUUCCAGAUAAGUGUUGACAGUGCUGUUAGCAGGCAAGUGUUGACAGUGCUGCAAACAGGCACAAUGUAAGUGUUGACAAUGCUGUUAGCAGGCAAGUGUUGGCAGUGUUGUUAACAGGCACAGUGUAAGUGUUGACAGUGCUGUUAGCAGGCAAGUGUUGGCAGUGUUGUUAACAGGCACAAUGUAAGUGUUGACAGUGCUGUUAGCAGGCAAGUGUUGGCAGUGUUGCAAACAGGCACAAUGUAAGUGUUGACAGUGCUGUUAGCAGGCAAGUGUUGGCAGUGUUGCAAACAGGCACAGUAUGAGAUCCCUGGACUCCCUAGAGAGCCAGCACCUAUUGCCCCUGCCACACGGGAAGUGGAGAACCACUUCGAGAGAAACCAACCAAUAAACAAUGCCAUCACAAACCAGCCCCUCACGCCGCAGCCGAUACAGCAGCCGGAACGGAUGCUGGUGGUGGGCAUGUACUGCUUCGUGGCACGUGGACCCACCGAGCUCAGCUUCAAAAAGGGAGACUUGAUGGAGGUUCUACAACAAUCGGAUGAAGAUUGGUGGCAGGCGAGACACGUUAACACAAGCAAGGAAGGAUUCAUCCCCGUACCUUACAUCGCCCCCUCCUCCUCUCUCGAGUGUCAGGACUGGUACUUUGGCAACAUCACGCGGGUACAGGCAGAACAGUUACUCCUCAGUAAGAUCAACCGAACCGGCGCCUUCCUCAUCAGAGUAUCAGAUGCUGGUCAUGGAUACUCCCUCUCACUCAGGAGUGUUCGAGAGCCAUCCUACUUAGCACGUAUUAAACACUUCCGCAUCUGUACAGCCGAGAACACGUGCUUCUUCAUCACUAGGACGAAAGUCUUCCAGACCCUCAAUGACUUGGUAGAAUACUACAUGAGUGGACAUGAUGCAACAGAACUUGGCAGGACGAUGCGUUACCCCUGCGAGCGACCUCUCCCUGGCAUGUACGACAUGGGCAAGGCUACCAAAGACAAAUGGGAGAUUGACAGGUCUUCCCUCCAGUUCAAGAAGGAGCUUGGUCACGGAUCUUUUGGAGAUGUUUGGUUAGGGACAUGGAAUAACGACGUGGAGGUUGCUAUCAAGUUGUUAAAGGAGGGGACGAUGAGCACUGAAGCCUUCCUGGAUGAGGCGAGGAUUAUGAAGAGUCUGAGACAUCCCAACAUCCUGGUACUGUACGCUGUCUGCACCACGGAGGAACCCAUCCUCAUCAUUACCGAGUACAUGUUGGAUGGAGCCCUUCUAGAAUUUCUCAGAAACGACAGUGGCCAAAAAAUAUUUUUCCAUGAGCAAACUUACAUGGGAGCGCAGGUGGCUGCGGGUAUGCAGUACCUGGAGGCCAAACAGCUUAUUCACCGAGACCUGGCAGCUCGGAACGUGCUAGUGGGACCUUCACUCACCUGUAAGGUCGCUGACUUCGGUUUAGCUCGUAUCUGUGACGGAGGAGAGUAUAACAUGAGACCCAACACCAAAUUCCCCAUCAAGUGGACAGCUCCUGAAGCCUUCCUACACAACUACUUCACCAUCAAGUCUGACGUGUGGUCCUUCGGCAUUCUUAUGAUGGAGAUCAUUACCUACGGUGCCGUUCCUUACCCAGGCAUGGGUAAGCAGGAGGUAAUCGAUAACGUACAGAAUGGAUUCCGCAUGGGUAAGCCCGCUAACUGUCCUGAUCCACUGUACGAGCUCAUGUACUCAUGCUGGAAAGCAAACCCCGAAGAGAGGCCAACCUUCGAACGCCUCCACGAAUUCCUGGAUAACUACGACAUCGAAGCAGAACGAUCCUACUACGGUCCGCAACUAUCGAUGCAAUGAAUCCACGAUCAAAAGUUAGCUUAAUUACUAAAUCACUUAUAACGAACUCUUUUUUUAAUAUUCCACCCAGGAAGACGAAAUUUAUAAACUGAAUUAUUCAUCUUGUUUAUAUCUUCCGCUUUCAGUGCUACCUUGAAAAUAAAUCUUGUAGUCAUUAUUGUAGCUAAAAUAUAAAUGCGGCUCUAAAGGCAAUACCACAUCAUAAGAGAUGUUUUGGAUGUUACUGUAGAGUACAUCUGUUUCAGCAGUAAGAUGCACCGGCUCCUGAAUGUAUCUGAACCUGCUCCAGUGUUGGUCAAGUCUGGUCUUGAAGGAGCUCACACUCGGUGCCGUCACAACACCUUCUGGCAGAUUGUUCCAAG